GAACUUGCUUUCCGUUCUUCGAGGCUAGUCUUAGUCAGAACAGUGCAUUUGUUACGUCCUCCUGCGUGUUUACGAUCUUUUUCGGUUCAAAAUGCGUGCAAAGAACGUUGGAUGCUGUCUUUUUUGGAGUCUACUUCUAACAUACCACGUGGUUAGUGAGACUCUUCCAUCAACAGACAAAGACGAUGUACUUGUGCUUACCGUCGCCUCGAAUGAAACCGAUGGCUACAAGAGAUUUCUCAGAUCGGUUGAAGUUUAUGGAUUUCGCGAUAACUUAAAAGUCCUUGGUUUGGGAGAACCCUGGCUUGGUGGUAACAUGAAGAGUGUAGGAGGAGGGUAUAAAGUAAAUCUUCUGAAGGAAGCCCUUGCAAACUAUCAAAAUGAUAAUCAGACGAUUGUUAUAUUUACAGACAGUUAUGAUGUAAUAUACCUAAGCGGUUUAGCAGAAAUCGUUAAUAGAUUUAAGAGUAUGAACACUAGAGUUUUAUUUGCUGCAGAAGGAAACUGUUGGCCAGAUAAAUGGCUAGCUUCUAAGUAUCCUCGCACAACUCAAGGAAAACGUUUCUUAAAUUCUGGAGGUUUCAUCGGUUAUGCCUCAGAUAUUUACGCGGUUUUGACAUAUGCCCCGAUAGAAAAUACGGCUGACGAUCAGUUAUUCUACACCUGGGCAUACCUCGAUGAAGAAAAGGAACGCCAUAACAUUAUGUUAGAUCAUAAAUCUGUAAUAUUUCAGAAUCUCUAUGGUGCUGUAGCUGACGUGGAACUAAAAUUUGAGGGUGGAAAAGCUUCACUUUUAAAUACUGUUUAUAACACAGAACCAUUAAUACUUCAUGGAAAUGGUAACAGUAAAUUAUCAUUGAAUUCCCUGGGCAAUUAUUUGGCUCAAGCGUGGAGUCCUGAAGAAGGAUGUAUAAUGUGCUGGGAAGGAACAAUAGAAUUGGAUAAAACAAGUCCAGAAUCAUAUCCGAUUAUAUUAAUCGCCAUAUUUAUCGAACAGCCGACUCCUUUUUUGAAUGAAUUUCUAACUACAGUAUCUCAGCAAGCUUAUCCAAAAUCAAGAUUACAUUUGUUUGUUCAUAACAAAGAGAAGUAUCAUCAAGAUGUAGUUAAUAGCUUUAUGAAGACAGUUGGAAGGGAGUAUAGAAGCAGCAAGCAAAUUUCUGCAAACGACAAUAUUAAUGAAGUUAAUGCAAGAAACUUGGCUAUGGACUAUUGCUUGUUGAAGGAAUGCUCUGGAUAUUUCUCUAUUGAUUCCAUUUCUCAUCUAAACAACCAGUAUACUUUGAAGCUUCUCGUAGAACAACAGCGAGGAAUCAUUGCGCCAUUAUUAGUCAGACCGUAUAAAAUGUGGAGUAAUUUCUGGGGAGCUAUAAUGGACGAUGGAUUCUAUGCUCGAAGUUUUGAUUACAUGGAGAUUGUGAAAAAUGAACGCAGAGGUCUAUGGAACGUGCCAUUUAUUAGUAAUUGUUACUUAGUUAAUGCAACGUUGAUAAGUAACAAAAAUACUCGUCCAUCUUAUUCAGAAGCCGAUUUGGACACGGACAUGGCUUUCGCUUAUGCUAACAGAGAACGAUCCAUCUUCAUGUAUGUCAGUAAUAGAGUUGACUUUGGACACCUCGUUAAUCCAGAUAGUUAUGAUAUUACGGUGACUCAUCCGGAUUUGUAUCAAAUUUUCGAUAACAAAUUGAAUUGGGAAAGAAAGUAUAUACACGAAAAUUAUUCAGAAAACUUUAACCCUAAUCGAACUCAAAUACAGCCUUGUCCAGAUGUCUACUGGUUCCCCAUAGUAAACGAGAAGUUUACGAGCGAUUUGAUAGAUGUUAUGGAAUCUUAUGGGAAAUGGUCGGAUGGAUCAAAUAAUGAUCCAAGAUUAACGGGUGGUUAUGAAAACGUUCCAACCCGUGAUAUUCAUAUGACUCAAGUAAAAUUUGAGCCACAAUGGCUUUACUUUUUAAAGGAGUAUGUUAGACCUCUUCAGGAACUCGUGUUCAUUGGAUAUUUUCACGAUGAUCCACGUAUUGAAGGUGGAUACGAAGCUGUACCGACACGAGAUAUUCACAUGAAACAAGUCGGCCUCCAUGAAUCUUGGUUAAAUUUUCUUUACGAAUAUGUCAGCCCUUUGCAAGAGCAAAUUUUUGUAGGAUACAAUACAAGUCCACCUCGUGCAUUAAUGAAUUUCGUCGUAAGAUAUCGUCCAGACGAGCAACCAUUAUUGAAGCCACACCAUGAUAGUUCAACUUAUACCAUCAACAUUGCUCUAAAUAGACGAGGAGUGGAUUAUGAAGGUGGAGGUUGUCGAUUCAUUCGAUAUAAUUGUUCUGUUACGGACACAAAACCAGGCUGGAUGUUAAUGCACCCUGGAAGACUGACUCAUUAUCACGAAGGACUCCGAGUCACCAGUGGCACUCGAUACAUUAUGAUUUCAUUCGUCGAUCCUUAAUUAAAACAUCUAAUUAUAGGACAUUCUCAACGAUAGCAAAGAAAAAAAAGAAAAAAAAAAAG